AUGGCGCGUUCCUCAAUAAGGAGGAAUUCCAGGCUGAUUUUGAACGCUUUGCAAGGAUUUGCUUCUCCCGUUUCGGUGAUCGUGUCAAGAAAUGGAUUACAUUUUGAACCCUACAUUAUCUCCAUCUUUGGUAACCAUAGCGGUGUCCUUGCUCCCGGACGCAGCACGCCAACAGGAGGGGACUCUCGGACAGAGCGAUGGCAGGUCGGCCACACCAUCAUCCUGAGUCAUGCCGCAGUCGUCCAGAUAUAUACAACCGAGUUCCAACAAUCGCAGACAGGCGAAAUUUCAAUCGUGUUGAACGGCCAGUUCUAUGAGCCCUGGGACCUCAACAGCGACAUGCAUAUCGAGGCGGCCCAACGCCGACUGGAAUUUUAUAUCGGCUGGUUUGGGGAUCCAAUCUUCCUCGGACAGGAUUGUCCCGAGUCAAUGAAAAGCAGACUGGGUGAUCGGUUGCCUAGAUUUACGACUGAGGAGCUCGAACUCCUCUGCAAAAAUUGGGCCGGCAUCUGGAAUGCCCUGGCUUCGGGUUGCGCCUGUUGGUUUCCGCAAGCUGUUGAAUUGGGUCUGGAAACGCUACCGCGUGCCUAUCGUUAUAACUGA